UGUCCUCUGGCGCAGGUUGGCCCCGCCCAUUUCCUCCCGCUGAGGUGUGACGCUCUCUCCCUACCUGUUCAUCCCGACAGCUUGCCGAACAGAUAACACGCAGGUGUCAGCAGAGAGGGAGAUAAAGACGGCGCCUGCCACCAAGAAGCCGAUUAUUUUCAAACCUCUGCGAGCCUCGUCCCGUUCUUCAUGUAAUAACUGACGCGUGAUUGGACAGCGAGACACCCCGCGCGCGUUCCGGGGAGAAUCCGCCCGCGCGCGAGUCGGUAGAUGUGCGGUAAGUGGAUACCGGAGAAUAAUAUUGACAAUAAAUGCGCUCGUUCCCAGAGGAGCUUUCCAAGGGCGGGUGAAUUACGCAGAGAGGGACGUCUGGAUUCUCUUUGGAAGUUUUGGGAGUCCGUUUGCGCCGGUGAACUUUCAGUAGCCUAAAAACGGUAAACAGACAUGUUCGGACUUUUUGAAAACGCUGACCUAAUGCUCCCCGUUCAUGCUCAAGAAAGAGUUUAAAAUAAGGUUAAGUUUGCGUUAUGAGUAUUUAAAGACGAAUCGACGAACGCGUCCGUCUUAAAGAAGUGUUAAAAUCAUUAGUUAGACCGGUUUGUAUUGAAAACCCGAGGGUUUCGUGUCCGAACCUUGGUUUCAUAAUACAAAAGGGUUCUGGAUUUGGAAAGCAUCAUGUCCUCGUUCGCUUUUUGAGACUCCACCUGCCAAACCGGUCAUCAACCCGAACCUGCAUUAACUGAAUCUGAAUUAUGGAUGGUGACGGACAGCCUCCGGCUUCGAAUGGUGACUCGAAGCUCCGCUCCAGAGGAGGCCUCUCCUUAAACAACUGGCGUUCCUCUUCGCGGACUUUGCUGCGAGGAGAGCGGGCGGGAGAGGCCGUGAGCCGAAGGCUGCUGUCCGUCGUCAACCGCCAGGAACGCACCGACUCGGGGGCCGGUCCCGCUUCGAAAUCCCUUGAGGUGACCGCGGGGUUGGAUGGAACGACGGCAACCACCGCCGUGACCACGUCCACUCCGCCUUUCCUCGACAAAGCCAUGGCAGAGUCAACAGGGCCCGCCGGAGCCUCCCAGGCAUCUGGGUCCGAGGAAGGGGUCUUCCACGACCAGUCCACGUUUCUCCAGAGACAGUUCAGCUCCAUGCUGCAGCCGGGGGUCAACAAGUUCUCUCUGCGCAUGUUUGGGAGCGCGAAGGGUGUUGCGGCGGAGCAGGAGCGGGUCAGGUCAUUUGGGGUUUGGAUUAUUCAUCCAUACAGUGACUUCAGGUUUUAUUGGGAUUUGGUGAUGCUGUGCCUGAUGAUGGGCAACCUCGUUAUUCUGCCAUGGGGCAUCACCUUCUUCGAGGAUCAGAACACGCUGCCGUGGAUCACCUUUAACGUGGCCUCCGACACCCUCUUCUUGGCUGACCUCGUCUUCAACUUUCGUACCGGCAUUAUGGAAGGAGAUAACACGCAAAUCAUCCUGGACCCGCAAGUGAUUAGUCGGCGUUAUCUGCGAGGCUGGUUUCUGGUGGACUUCAUCUCCUCCAUUCCUGUGGACUACAUCUUCCUGGUGGUGGAUAUAGAGGCACGGCUUGAGUCGGCAGAGGUGUACCGCACCGCCAGGGCUUUGCGCAUCGUACGCUUCACCAAGAUCCUCAGCCUGCUCAGAUUGCUGCGCUUGUCCAGACUUAUACGUUACAUUCAUCAGUGGGAAGAGAUCUUCCAUAUGACCUAUGACCUUGCGAGCGCAGUAGUGCGCAUAGUGAAUCUGAUUGGAAUGAUGCUGCUGCUGUGUCACUGGGACGGCUGCAUGCAGUUCAUGGUGCCCAUGUUGCAAGAUUUCCCGCCCAACUGCUGGGUCGCCAAAAACAACAUGGUGAAUUCCACUUGGGAUGUCCAGUACUCUUAUGCCCUUUUUAUGGCCAUGAGCCACAUGCUGUGUAUUGGAUAUGGUGCUCAGGCCCCCGAGGGACCAACUGACGUCUGGCUCACGAUGAUCAGCAUGAUUAUUGGCGCCACCUGCUACGCCAUGUUCUUGGGCAAUGCUACCAACCUGAUCCAGUCCUUGGAUGCUUCCCAUCGGCAGUAUCAAGAGAAGUACAAACAGGUGGAACAGUACAUGUCCUUCCACAAGCUGCCGGCUGACAUGAGGCAGAGGAUCCAUGAUUAUUAUGAGCACCGCUUCCAGGGGAAGAUGUUUGACGAAGACAAUAUCUUUGGAGAACUCAAUGACCCACUAAAAGAGGACAUAGUCAACUAUAACUGCCGUGAGCUGGUGGCUAACAUGCCACUCUUCGCGAACGCCGAUCCUCACUUUGUCACCGUGCUCCUCACAAAGUUACGCUUCGAGGUCUUUCAGCCGGGUGAUGUCAUCAUCCGUGAAGGGACUCUCGGUCGUAAAAUGUACUUCAUCCAGCACGGCUGCGUCGGUGUGAUCACUCACGACAACAAAGAGAAGAAAUUGAACGACGGCUGCUACUUCGGCGAGAUCUGUCUGCUGACCCGAGGCCGUCGUACAGCUACCGUCAAAGCGGAAACGUACUGCAGACUUUAUUCGCUCAGCGUGGACAGCUUUAAUGAGGUCUUAGAGGAGAACCCGUUAAUGAGGAGGGCGUUUGAGAGCGUAGCGGUGGACCGGCUGGAGCGGGAGCGGGAGGGAAACGGCAUCGUGCAUUCACAAAAGAGCGUGGAGGUUGACUGACCAGAGACUCACCGAAGAUGACUGAAUGUAAAAAAAAAAAAGCAAAAAAAAAUAUCAUGGUGUUACGGUGUCCAUAUAAUUGACAUUAAUGUACAGUUGCAGUAUGGUGUGAUUAAUCUAAUUUCUUAUUCUCAAUUUCACAAUGCAAUGUAAUAAUAAACAAUAGCAGCCCUUUUGAUAUUCUUAAGAUACUGGAUUUAUGUCAUUUAUUUCAGUCGGAAACCAUAAAUUUAGCAAGUACCUAUAUAUAUUAUAAUACAAGUAAAGAUACAAUAAAAUUAAAUGAACAUAGCACAAAAUAUUACAAAAGUUUUAUUGCUUCUACUAAGCUCCUAUGGUAUCAAGUAGUCAAGGAAUUGCUUCCUCUAAGUUUUGCGUUUAGCAAAAUAUCUCCAAGGCGGUUUUCAAUAUGUUAACUCAGUACAACUCUUUGAAAUUCUUUAAAAAUUGCUUUAAUUUCAAAACGUCCAGCCGGCCACCAGCAUAUAACAGUGUUGCGCUCGUCCACUCGUCCUUUUAUUAUUGUCGUGCUGCUGGUGGAAGGUCUCUGGAUUUGUCAUUGAUUAUAGCUAAUCAAAUCGAGGUAAAUCAAUGAAAGAAAAAAAGUUGAAAAUAAUACUUAAUCCAAUAAUAUAAUGAAAUUUUAUCCGCUUUCCUGAUCAACAUCGAACACUAAAGAAUCGCGCACUGUAAGAAAAGAUGUCUGGUAGCUGAAAGACACGGAUGAGCUGGGACAUCUGCUCAUUGUCCUCUUAACUUCAAAUUAAAGUAUUAAACAAUAUGAGUCACAUAAUCGCUGAUUAAACUCAUUUCCGUUUGGCCUGAGCCCUUACUUAUCUGUGAUAAUCGGUUGUGACGAAAAUAACCCUUUGAGAGAAGGUUGUUUUCACGUGUUUUUAAGGGAAUAUUUGCUUAGGAGCUUAAGUGAUACGCUCAUUUCAAAUUCUGUUUUGUUAGUAACAUUUCUGCUCUUCUCUGUGUUUGGAAAUAAAAACAGAAAUAUAACUCCACAUAAUGUGUGAUACUAGAGAGAUGAGGAGUAUUAUGGAAAACUGAGAUUUUGAAUAUAAUGUUCAUUUGAUGUGUUUCAUAUGCCACUAUAUUAUUAAAGUAUGUUAUUAACUGUU